CUCGGCUUGGCGUUCCUCGUGCUUCACCACCUCCACCUCCCUCACCCACGUCCCUCUUCUUGAGCUCGCAUCCUUGAUCUUCGCUUCUCGUGCUUCGCAAGUGCGCCCUUUGCACCUCGCAGCGCCCAAGUGCUUGUUGCACGCGCACGACACAGCGCGUAGCCAUGUCGUCCUCCUCUUCCCAGUCCGUGCCCGCCUGGGUGCCGGGCCCCUUCCCCAAGCCUGCCGUGCAGGAAGCCGGCAAGCAGGCGUCCUACGCUCUCCCACCUCACCUCGUGCUUCCCGACGGGACGCCCGACUAUCUGCGGCUCAGUCUCUCGGCCGACAUCUACGAUCUCGUCAAGUCGACGCCCCUCACGCCCGCCACGAGCCUGAGUGCGCGCCUCGGCUGCAGCGUGCUCAUGAAGCGCGAGGACCAGCAGCCGCAUGUGUUUAGCUUCAAGAUCCGCGGCGCAUACAACAUGAUGCGCGGACUGCAGGGCGAGCAGAAGUGGAAGGGCGUCAUUGCGUGCAGCGCUGGCAACCACGCCCAGGGCGUUGCCCUCUCCGGCCUGCAUCUCUCCAUUCCGUGCACCAUCGUCAUGCCCAUGGGCACGCCCGAAAUCAAAGUCUCCGCCGUCCGUCGCCUCGGCGCCAAGGUCGUCUUGCACGGCGUUGACUUCGAUUCCGCACAAGCCGAGUGCCGCCGCUUGGCAGCCGCCUACGGCCUGACUCUCAUCCCGCCAUUCGACCAUCCUCUCAUCAUCGCGGGCCAAGGCACAGUAGGCGUCGAGCUCUGCCGCCAGACGGACAUGUCUCAGCUCGACGCCGUCUUCGUCUGCGUAGGCGGCGGAGGUCUACUCGCCGGCAUCGCAUCAUACAUCAAGCGCAUCGCACCGCCGCACGUCAAAGUGAUUGGCGUCGAGACGUACGACGGCGAUGCGCUGGCGAGAAGCUUGGAGAAGGGAGAGAGAGUGGAGCUGAAGGAAGUGGGCACGUUUGCGGACGGAACGGCAGUGCGUCUGAUUGGAGAGGAGACGUACAGAGUAUGUGCAGAGACGGUCGAUGCCAUUGUGAGGGUGGACACGGAUGAGAUCUGCGCUGCGAUCCGUGAUGUCUUCGAGGACACUCGCUCCGUCCCCGAGCCAGCCGGUGCUCUGGCAGUGGCAGGCCUGAAGCGCUACGUCGCCCUCAAUGGCCUGCACGGCAGCGGCAAGCGCUUUGCCGCCAUCGUCAGCGGCGCCAACAUGAACUUUUCGCGCCUGCGCUUCGUCGCCGAGCGCGCCGAGCUUGGCGAUCAGAAGGAGGUGCUGCUGAUGGUCGACAUUCCGGAGGAGCGUGGCAGCUUCCUCAAGCUCUACUCGCACAUCCACCCACGCAGCGUCACCGAGUUCUCGUACCGCAUGGACAACUCGGAUCGCGCGCACAUCUAUCUCUCCUUCAUGCUUCACGGUGCUCCUCAAGGCGCCAUGCCUGUGCCUCAAGCUCCCGUGCUCACGCAAGCACAGACCGCUGGUCUCGGCACACCCGGUCGUGCACCUUCUCCCGCGCCUCGCGGGCGCAAUGGCGCAAAUGGCGACACGGUUCUUCCGCCGGCGCCGGCCGCGCCAACUGCACCUGCGGAGCCGGCAGUGGUGGCGCAGAGCCAAGCAAGACAGCAAGAACUGGCGGGCAUCCUGAAGGCCAUCGAGGCCGACGGCAUGCGCGUGCGCGACAUCAGCGACAAUGAAAUGGCAAAGAGCCACGCGAGAUACAUGGUCGGCGGCCGGUGCGGCAAGCCGGUGCAAGGAGAGAGGCUGUUCCAGUUCAUCUUUCCCGAGCGCCCCGGCGCGCUCAAGCGCUUCCUCGACACGCUGCACGCCGGCUGGAACAUUACGCUCUUCCACUACCGCAACCACGGCUCGGACACGAGCAAGGUGCUGUGCGCCAUCCAGGUGCCGCCGCCCAACGAGGACGGCAGCGGCGACCAGAGCGAGGCGUUCGAUGCAUUCCUGCACGAGCUCGGGUACACGUAUGUCGAGGAGACGGAGAAUGCCGUGUACAAGGAGAUGCUGGCGUAGAUGCGAGAUCAAAUGCAAUGGAAAGGGCAUGAUGUGUACUGCCCCUGGACCG